CAUUGUCAAGGUAGCAAGUGCACGCUUUGCAUACGGAUUAGCCGAACUUUGCUAUGGGGUUGGAAAGAGCAAACUCGUCUGCCUCCUUGUCACGUGGAGUGAUCAUGCAGGAUGCUUGAGUUGACUAAACGCCUAAAACGCAAAGGAAUACUUCAAGACAUCUUUAUGUAGUACUAUAUGAAUUAUACAGCCAUUUUUAGUCAGCGUGUUUUUCGCAUAUACUGGUUUAAUUUUCCUCUGCAAAAAAGGUAUUCGAUAACGUAAGAAGGAUCUUACGUUAUGCGAGCGUUCGCUGAGGACCAUUCUUCUGUAUGGCGGAUUCCUUUGUUUGGGCAUGUGCUUCUCAGUCGUUGGUCCAACGUUACAGGACCUCGCCUUCAAGCUCAACACCAAUACAAGUAACAUGGCGACCAUUUACACAGCGCGUUCUGGCGGUCUCAUCAUCGGAUGUCUGAUUGGUGGUCUCCUGUUGGAGCGUUUCCACCGUGUCCGAGUGCUAGCCGUGUCAUACUUUUGUUCGGGAGUCUUUACGGGUCUACUUCCCUGGUGCGCUUCUUUAGAGCUUCUCAUUGGGGUAAUGUUGCUUAACGGAAUUAACAUGGGCAUGGUGGAUACAGCUUCGACCGUCUGGUGUCUCGAUCUAUGGCGAGUGAAGCCUGGCCCAUUUGUGCACGCUCUUCAUUUUAGUUUUAGUGUCGGAACCUUUAUUGCUCCGCUCAUUGCAGAACCUUUUCUAAUACCGACACAAAUUACCAAUACUCGUGCGGCAAACUUUAACGAGACUAAAUCGAGAAACUUAAAAGAGCUUCUUAUGCAGGAAUAUGAAGCGAACUAUUACGAGGAGAUCUCCUACGGUGUAAUCGGGUUGUUCAUGGCAGCUAUCGGCAUCGUCACGUUUGCCGUUUCGUUGGUAAACUCUGCUGAUCCUAAACGAGUUCCCGAACAACAUCACUCCAAUCCAAAACUUCAGCCCUGGCCAACAAGAUUGCUCGUUGCUGCAAUAAUACUUCUUGUUCUAUUGCACUUCCUCAUUUACGGCGGAAUCGAGAUUGCUUAUGGCCAACUGAUUGCCACGUACGCCGUCGUUCUGCAAGAAGGUCAGAGACUAAGCAAAUCUGCAGCUUCGUUUUUGACUUCGGGCUUCUGGGGUGCCUUCAUGCUCGGCCGUGGAGCGUCUAUUUUCCUCAGCCACUUUGUUAAAAAUUUCACGCUCAUCAUCGUCGAUCACGUGAUUAUUGUAGCAGCAUGCUUCUCACUUAUGCUCUUUGCAGCUCAGUCCCUGCUUGUUCUAUGGCUUGGCACCAUUAUGUUUGGUCUCGGCAUGUCGGCUAUAUAUCCUGCAACUUACAGCUGGGUCAGCGGUCAUAUCCACGUGAGCAACCGGAUUGGAGGACUCUUUGCGGUUGGUACAGCAGCGGGCGAGAUGAUUGUACCUUUUGUUGUGGGGCAGUUUAUCGAAGUUCAGCCACGAUUUGUUAUGGACUCAGCUGCGCUAUGUUCGAGUCUUAUGGUUCUUUUUUUCCUAGUCCUGUUUCUAUGCGUCAAUCGUCUUAAAUCGUGAAAAACCACAAUCACGAUUACUGUUGAAAGCUUACAACAAGCACAAGCAUACACAACGAAGAUGCACUGUUUUCUUCUGAUGCUUAUACAGCAGGGUCAUAUAUAAUCGAUAUGUUUUUAACUAAAAAAUCUCUCGUAUUUAAUGGCACGCGAUUAGUAUAUGCACAGUCACUGUCAAUGUUCCAUCAUGGUUCCUCGACUGAUGCGCGGCGCUGCAUGAAGAAGACCUUCUGUCAUCCUGCACGCACAAAAGGUACUGCGCUAUUGUAUUUAGCCAGAGAAGUUCCGAGACAGCGGACAAAUUACUGUAUUAUUAUUAAUCUCAAAUGAGUUUAUAUGAUCUUGCGAUGAGAUCUGGUCGAACCACGAGGCACUCGUAUUCGUAAACCAUAUACAUUCGUGCUUUACUGCCUAAAAUAAAACCUAUGACCGUACAAGUGUAUCUCAGUUAGCGAUUAUAAUUGUUAUUAUUGACGACGGCGUCGUCGCGUAUCCGAGACGUCCGAAUAUCCGGUACAAAUACAUCGACCCGAUAUAAGCUAUAUUGCAAAAGAGAGUUAGCGCCACCCGGGAUAUCAUAUACAUGAUGUACAUCGCAAGCGAACGAUUGACAAGCAAACAGAACGCGUUAUCAAUGCUGGCUGCUAUAUUUAAACCAGAUGUUUGACAAGUAUAAAGAAAUAAAGAAGGAAAGAAUAGGCUAACAGUUGAUAAUGUUGGUUUCUGUAGAGGAAUUCGAUGCAGGCGACGCUCUGAAUUUUGCAAGCAAAACCUAUCGAUAGAGGUAACGCUUUUUACACAGACACGCUCACACACAAUGUCAUUGGUCGAUAAACACAGUAACGAUGACGUAUUGCUGAUGGCUAGCUCAAACGCUUACCAGUACUGGUACGUAAGUGUCUGAAGCUAAUAAGCUUGAGAAAGCCUUAGCUGCCAUCCUUUGAAGGUCGGUCCCCUGCGGCUGAGAGGCCCGACUAAAAAAAAUAUACCCGAUUAAAGGUAACAAAAGAUAAGAUAAUAGGGUACGAACUUGAUAGUAGCUAUAGCAUUAGAGUGAUCAAUGAAUCUUCUUGCAAUCUAUUUAAGCGCACACAAGAAAGAACAGAUAGGACCUUUCCGGAAUCACGUUUUGUGAAAUCUAAUUAGGGGCUAAAUGACGAAGCAUAAUAUAGAUGUGGACGACUCAAAGCUACUAUAUAGGCUGUUACUGUCCGGCAUAUAUUUGCAAAUGCCGACACCCAAUUUACACAUAAAAAUAUAACGUGGAAUAUUCUAUAAUAACGCUGUUUCAGUUCUAUAUGAAUAUUAAGGAUAUGAGAAAAAGGUUCAUGCUGCAUACUUAAGGAACGUUAGGUAUUUUUUACGUCACAAACCCAUAUCUAUAUAUAUAUAGAUAGAUAUCUAUCGGUUCAACAAAUGAGAGUGACGUGAAGCAAACGUUGUGUGUGGACUGAAUAUUUAAAUACCCGCAUUAAAGCUUGUAAAGGGAUGAAGAAGGCCAGGGGACAAAGAGCGGAUGUUGACCUCUCUAGUACGAUAGAUAGAAUAUCAAUAUGGGUGACUGUAGCGGGUAAACGCCCAAGGCCCGUCUUAAUUGAAUUUUCUAUCUUUUUGUUUAUGAUAGUAAUAGUAAGCAAGAUUUGAUCGAAUAGUACUUAACCUAUUUUUUGACAUUUACAUGUCCUUGGGGCUCAGAGUCGUUUCAUCGCAGCAAUCUCCCUAGCAAACUUCUUCGGCAUAUUUAUUUAGUGGACUCAUCCAGUCUUAAUUGUGGAGUUAAGGAAGUAAGUUAAAUACGUAAUAAAGCUAAUUGAACGAUCCUCUGUUAAUUUACAAUACAGUUCAUUCAGUAAACGAAGUGUUUUUACCGCUUCACCUGAACGUCAACCUGA